AUGAGCAGCAGAUUCUUGGACUUGACCAUCGGCGUUAUUUUUAUCGGCUUCUUGGCUACGGGAUUGUGCGCGUCAUUCCGCGUUCAGGAGGACUCGGCCGCUCACGGAGAUGCAGUCACCACCUCGCAAACCGUGUGGUACUUCAAGCAUUACUCAAAUGACCGCCGCGUCCUCCGGUACCUGGUCGCCAUAAUAUGGCUUCUGGACGCACUUCAUUUAGCCCUCUAUCUCGUGACCAUGUUCAUCUACCUCGUACAAAAGAAGGGAGCAUUCUUCGGCCAGCAACCUCUGCCAUGUCGCGCGCAGUUGGUGUGUAAUGCGUUCGCGAUUGGUCUCAUACAGUCGUUCUACGCAUCCCGCAUUUGGACGCUAAGCAAGAAGAAGUCCCUUCUGGUAGUAAUGGCCAUAUUUGUCACCGUAACGUUUGAUAGUGUCCUCACCAGGACCGUGGCCGGCUACGUGGCAUUGGUUCCAUUCGAUAUCGCGUUGAGCGCCAUGUGUGCCUCGACCGAUGUACUGCUGUGCAGCUCACUGGUCACCCUACUAGCCAGGUCGCGUCCUGGAACCGUCGGAGCGAAUCGCCUCAUCAACAAGCUGAUGUUGUACACCGUUCAUACCGGGCUGGUCACGAGCGUUAACGCCACUCUCGCGUUGAUACUGGCGGUGGUUAUGCCGACUUCGUCAAUAUUCGUGAUGUUUUACUACAUCGGCGCUCGCUUUUACUCGGUCUCGCUCCUUGGAACGCUCAACGCGCGGGCGAGCCUUCGUUGGCAGGCGCAGAACAUGGGCCAGUUCCCGCUCCCCGACAUACAGAUCACUGCCCCUGUCACUCCCAAACGGACACUGUCGGACUCGAUGCCUCACUUCCAUGAACUCUCCCUCGGCUUGCAGUGCGACACGCCCUCGACAUACGAGAGCAUCUCGAGCGGCGAGACGCGCGUGUACGAGACGCGCGUGUACUGCGACGGGCAUCGGUGCUACGCGCUGCCCCCAGAUAUGGAGCUCGGACUAGAUAAGCGACAAAGUAUGGACAUUAGCGAGAGCAGGAUAGGGAUUCGGACAGACCCUGGCGUUGCAGUUGUUGAUCCCACUGGUCCCGACUUCCGACGUACUGUGAGCGAUCAGUGA